CGGGACCCGACGCCGCAGCGGGAGGUGUCGCUGCCUGGCGGCAGCCGCCUCGCUCCCCGCGCUGGGACCCGUGCGGCGGCUGGGGAGCUCUUCGAGGCGGGGUUUCGGUGCGGAUGCCGCGGGAGGCGUGUGAGCCGUGGAGGUGUUCUGCCGGUGAAGGACCGUGAGCGGCUGGCCCUCCGCCGCAGCCGUUUUCCCGAGGCUGGCGGGACGGGCGGCAGCCGCUGUCGGCGAAGGUGGGCGGCGGGAUCAUGGCCGCUCCGUCUCCGCACACGCAGCAGCCGCUGCUGUGCAGCGUGAAGCUGCUCCUGGCCAGGGAGGAGCUGGCGGCGGGGCUGCAGCUCACCAGCCUCAGUCAGGAAGCCCUGCAGCUGGAGGUGCGGGCGAGAGAGGAGGACGCGGACGUGGCUGUGACAGACGCUGAUGGAGUCUGUGUGUUUAAAUGCUUGGUUAACAGAGACACUGAAUACUGUCGUGUGGGAAGACAGUCUGUGUUGAUUACAUUGGGAUACAAUAGUGCCUUGCUUCAGUUCAGGUCACAAGCUGAAUAUGACACAUUUUCAAAUGCAUUGCAGAGAUGCUGUAGCCGGAAGAAGUACUCUGUGUUCAGUCAGCGAACAGAGGAAGCAUCUGCUGCUCAGUAUUUUCAGUUUUAUGGCUGUCUGUCUCAACAACAGAAUAUGAUGCAGGAUUUUGUGAGGACAGCCACUUAUUACAGAGCUAUCAUACAGAACCACAUAGAUUUUGCAGACAAGGUUGUCCUAGAUGUUGGCUGCGGGUCAGGAAUCCUUUCAUUUUUUGCAGUGCAGGCUGGAGCCAGAAAAGUCUAUGCAGUUGAAGCCAGUUCAGCGGCAAAAUAUGCAGAGCUGUUGGUGAGAAGCAACAACCUUUCUGACAAGAUCACAGUUCUGUUUGGAAAAAUCGAGGAGAUCUCCCUGCCUGAGAGUGUUGAUGUGGUAAUUUCUGAACCGAUGGGUUAUAUGCUGUUCAAUGAAAGGAUGCUGGAAAGUUACCUGCAUUCCCGAAAGUGGUUGAAAUCAAAUGGAAUGAUGUUCCCAACAUACAGUGACUUUCAUUUGGCUCCUUUUUCCGAUGAGCAGCUGUACAUGGAACACUAUUCCAGAGCAAAUUUUUGGUACCAAGAAUCCUUUUAUGGGGUCAACCUGUCCAGUCUGCACAGUGCAGCUGUGGAUGAGUAUUUCCAACAACCUAUUGUGGAUACUUUUGAUGUGAGAAUUCUGAUGGCCGAGACAGUGAAAUACACCAUUAACUUCCUAGAAGCUGUUGAGGAAGAUUUACAUAGAGUGGAAAUCCCUUUUGUUUUCCAAAUGAUACAGUCUGGACUAAUCCAUGGCCUGGCCUUCUGGUUUGAUGUGGCAUUUAUAGGAUCGCUGGUAACCAUUUGGUUGUCCACUGCACCGACAGAACCCCCCACUCACUGGUAUCAAGUACGCUGCCUUCUUCAGACGCCUCUCUUUGCUAAAGAGGGGGAAACGCUCUCAGGGAAAGUCUUACUUGUUGCCAAUAAGCAACAAAGUUAUGACAUUCAGAUUGUGGCUACGGUGGACCAGACAGGAUGUAAAUCUGGUAACAUUCUUGAUUUAAAGAAUCCAAUUUUUAGGUAUGCCUAGAAUAUAUUGUAGUAUGACAUCUGAAAACAGAAGGGAGAUUCUCACCAAGCUGAGGUGUUAAUCUUCUAUCUUUCCAGAGAACUGUGUUAAAUACUUCAAUUUUAUCUCAGUGAACUCAUUAAUUUAGUUAAUUUUAGAGACACAAACCUAAAGUUAUCUUGCAUAUACUUUGCAAAUGUUCUGAGAUUUCCCUACCCCUAUAGAACUGUAAGAGGACACAUUUGUAAAUAACUCCCAGCCUAGUGUGAUGAUAUGGUAUGUGUGACUUUCACUUUUUCUGUAGCUCUCUGAGAAGUAUUGAUAGUCCAAGGUAUACAAAGAAGUAUUUUUGGCUUGGGUACCUAUCAAAUGAAGAAGACUAGAAAGCUGUAGCACAGAUUUUAAUGAGAUCUCUCUCCAGACAAUGUUACCCAUAGAGACCAUGAACUGACUUCUACAGAAUAAGUUUAUGUCAUUCAAAGCAUAAUAAGCUGGAGUCACAUCAGAAAUGUAUACAUCAUUUCACUACCAAAACCAUAACUGCAGUGAUACCUCCAGCAAGACAUAACCAGCCUUCCACACAGGGGCAAAGGCUGGUUUGAGUGAAAAGCCCCACAAAAACUGAUCCUUUUCUCAGGAAGUUAUGUACCACUUUUGAUCAAAAGACCAGCUAAGGACACCUGCUAGGAGGAAUUGAGAAACAGGUGUAGUUUAUGAGGUUUUUCUCCAAGUCAACAGCCAUUUGCAGCUAUUUAAAGAUAGUGGAAGGAGACUGUAGAAAGUAGUCCCUAAAACUGUGAAGCUGGUUGAAGUAACAUGAAUGUGAAACCAUUGAAGUGUCAGAAAAUUAUUGCCUUGUUAUUUCCAGUAGCAUUUAGUACAGCAGGUGAGAGACUUCUAGUAUAAAAAUGUAGAUUGAACAAUAGAAUACUGUUUCGUUACUCAAAUAUAUAAUGUUUGUUUUUCAAAUGUAUUUAAUGUGGGUUGCUGCCUCAGAAAUUACCAUUCUAACCUGUACAAGAAAUGUAAUGAGAUUUUUGAUGGCUGGGUAUCUAUCCUUCCUAAAUUUAGUCUGUACAGUGGUUGGUGGUUUUAUAUGAGACAAAAAACCAAAUCCUGGAAUGUCUAAAUCCAAAUACCAGGCAGCUGCAGUUCGGAGUUUUAUAAAGUUUGGCAGGCUUUCCUCAGCAAUUAUGAAAGGCAUAUAAGAAAUCUGAAUCGGAAUUCAGCUUAUAGAUUUGUAAUGUCUCCUAUUGACCUGCAUGUCUCUCUGGAUCUCUCAUUUCAGUUUCAAACGUCUUCUAAAAAGUAUCUGUGUAUCAAAGACUACUAUUUUCUAUAGGGACAACUCUUACAUUAUGAACUUCAUGUGGCAACUUCAAUUCUUUUUAAGGAAGAAAGUACAUAAAGAGGAGGAAAAACAACAGCAGCAGACAGCAGUGUCAGGUUGUGCAUCUUCUUUUAUUUCCAGAGCAAAAGGUGUAUGUAUCUAAUAACCAAACCUACAAUAUGUAUAGAAAAGAUUGUUUCCUUACACACUAACAAGUAUAAAGAAUAUUUUACAGUGAUUGCUACUUUGAAGUGAUUUGGAUGAUCCAGGACUGGUGUUAAUAUUUCUCUGUACUUCAGGAAUUCGCUUUAUUCCAGAUUGUAUGCUAAAACCAAAGAGAAGAUUGAAAUCAGACACUGUACCAUUUGCAAUUUGAAAUAAGGUCCUGUGACUGUCUUCAUUUCCUUAUCAUUUAACAUUUUCUUCUUCUUUCUGACUUUGAAACAGUCCCUCAAGGACUACAAUGUACUAGUUUCACCUUACAGGACUUUCUGGGUAUAAACAUGAGAAUAUAGUUGUAAGGUAUUUUUGAAAAAUCAUGUCAAUGAAAAUAUUUUAUUGAAAAAAAUGCUGGUGUUUUGUUUUGAUUUUUUAUAAAGACAACAUUACUGAAUCCUAGAGAAUAUAGGAAAACUAAAGCAGAACGGUAGGGAUGCUGGAGCAAACAGUGAUGAUGUAGUUUUAUAAUGUAAGACACUUGAACAAAUUUGAACACAUCAUAAAAUACAGCGUUUCCUCAUUUAUAGUUCAAGAGGCUAUAACAAUCCGUUUGAAAAGUGAUACAUUGCCUUGCAUCCAGUAGACUCAAAAGCUACAGUAGGAAAGACAAUGAAUAUCAUAUUAAGGAGCUAUACAUUUUCAUGCUUUGUUGUAUCCAUGGUCAUUUAGAAGAUUAAUCUUCAAGAAAGAAAUGCUUUUAACAGCUUAUUUUUCAACCCUUGCAAAUGGUUAUUUUCUUUUACCAUCACCCCAGAGAAAUGCAUUUAAAGUUUUGCAAGCAGUCAUACGUAUGUGGUGAUUAAUGAUAAAUUGCAUUUUCACUAGUAAAGACUCCCAUUUUGAAUGUCUAUCUCUAUGAAUUCUCCCGUCUGAACUGACGAUUAGAAUAUUCCUUUCUUAGGAACAGUAUAGGAAUUCUGUUUGGUUACUGUUACUAUAGUGGUUGCUAGAAGUAGUGAUUUACAGUAUACCCUGUGGACUAGACCCAGAGAAAUCUUUGUGAUAACAAUUCUUCAUACUUACGACAAUUAUGACAUCCAAAAGCAACCUUGAUGCAUCUGGAUCUAAGUGCAGUGAAACACAAUGCAAUUGGUGUUAAUUUGUUUAGCUAAGUUUCUACGAGUUGUGCUUUUUUUCUCAAGAUGCAAAAAAGAAAAAAGCAGAGUGGGAAAGAAAAAGGUAUUUAGAGGUUGGAAAACAGUCUCCAGGCGCUCUGCAUUUUAUUCUUCCUUCAGCUUUGAGACGUGGUAUACAGGGUUUCACUCUUCUUGAUUAGAUAACACACAUAUUGACAAUUCUCCACUGAUCAAAGUUGAGAGCUAAAACUGGGGAAAGAUACACUGUCAAGAUGCAGAUGAAGAGUUGAUAGAAUGGAAGUCAGCAGUUCAACAGGAGAUUGCAGGCAGAAAAGUUCAUUUACUGCUGGAAGCACCCAUGAGGGUAUAAAAUACCUGAGACUAACUGUUCAGGUUCAGCUCACCAGGUUUGACCCACACUGAUUUUAGCAAUAUUCAGACGCACUUGUUUCCAGAAGAAAAAGAAACUAAUGUAAAGUGAAGAAAACCACAGACAAAGGAGAGGGAAGUACAAAAAUGUCUUUCCUGAAGUGGCUGUGUCUCCCUAGGUUGGCCAGCUUUCAGGCAUGCCAUCUUACAACAUUGCUGGGCCUUCAGCCUGAUUUUGCUGGAACUUCAGCCUAAUUUACAGGAGGCUUUAGAUGUCCCUUAUUUAACUGGUCAGUCAGUAAUCAGAAAUCCAGUGGAUCAUAAUUAAAAUCUGCUGUGAACAAAGCAUUGCUCAAUAGCACUGGAACUUACAAUAAUAGAUCUUAAGUUUAUUGGCCUCUGAACAACAGCCAGGAUUCAUGUUUCACUUCAGAUCACUGCCUUUCACUUGAGUUUGGUGAACAACAGACAUUUUUGAGUAUCUGUGAAGAUACUCAAAGCAAUCUUUAGUCUUUUUCACUAACAUUUCUUCAGUGGUGGAAGAAGAAGCCAAAACUUUAGUUUCAUGGGUGUCUUUCUUUGCUUAAGUGCUACAGCUAACAAGACAGAAAUCCUCUAAUGUACAUUAAUCCAGUAACACUCCUGUGAGUAGUAAAAAAGGAUGGUACCUCAGAACACUCUUGAGUUCAGGAAAUAGCAUAGAACUAAAACAAUACAUUGAAAAAAUCACCAUCACCCAAAAUCCCAACAGUACAAGUUUUCCUUUGCUAAUAUAUGAGAUAACUGGUGUGUACCGAGAGCAGGAACAUGGAUCCAGUUUUGCUAGAAUUCAGGUGGAAUUUCCAAAGCAUUUAAAGUGAAUAGUGCCUUCCCAAGAUCUGCUAUGAACACAGGCCUUGGUCUGGCAAACCUGUAGAUCAAAGAGCACUUAUAGUCUUUAUAUGAAAAACAACACAAGAGAAAAUGGCCCACCUUCACUCACAACAUUCAACUAUAAUUCUGGAUUUCAGAGGAUAUCAGAAACUCUUCCAAGAAUACUGAUGCCAGGACACGCACAUUAAUAAUCUUGUUCUUUGCCACACUCCAUCCACCUUUGAAAUAGUGAGAUAAGAAAUGAGAACAAAUGACUCUGCAGCUGAGUGUUUUGAACUGACGGAAAUAUAAUUGGAAACAUAAUUUGGAAACGGAAAUAUAAUUCAGUUCAGAUGUCAUGGGGACAGCAAUUUUAUUUCACAAGAAACAACAGCGAGCAUAUCAAGAUGCUCAGGAAGCCUGCCCUAUGUUUUGCUGAACAUGUGGCCAGAUUACUUUCACUCUGUCACUUCUGCCAGGUAUCAGUGACGGUAUCAAAUACUUUGGAAAAUGACCGGAAUUUCGGUCCUCUGUCAGUGACUGAACUCACCAUAGCUCUCCUCAAGCUGGAAGCCAGUGCCAGAAAAGUGCUGCAAUCAGGGACUGGCCCUAAGUGAGAGUCUGCUAGCGCUGCUUCUGGUACUGCUGUAACAAAUUGAUUACAGAGAAAUCAGAAUGGAUGAGGAUGCACCGUGUGAAAGACAAAAAGGCUGUACACACUUCGUGAUGAUCUUAUCCAGCGUAUGACUAUUCAGUGACACAUGCUCUUGGAAUUCUUACUGCUCAUUUUUGCUGCUCAAACAGCAUGAUCCUUGUUUUGUUUUGUUUUGUUUUG